UCGUACCCUUGAAGAAGUGUUACUUUAUUUGUGAAAUUUGUGAAAAAUAAACGUCUUAAAAGGUCACAGGGUCUUUGAAUCUCUCUUGACGUGCCUCUUUUAUACGGAAAUAGGACCUUAUAUUCUUUGCCACCGGAAGUAGUAGGAGAUUUUUUUUUUAUGUGGGAAAUAUAGAAAUAUUAACUUGUUUAGGUGCAUCUCUGUCUGGUAUGAUUUGGUAAAUGAUGCUUUAUGUGGUUUCGGCUGGGGCUUAUGAUAAAAGUUUCUUGUUUACUAGCUUUUGAUAUCAAUUUGAAACUUGAUUAAGUGUGAUGAUAAUGCUAUUGCUAUGGUGGGAACUUAGUGUUUAGCUGUAGAAAAUCUGUGUUUCCAAAAUGCUAUUUUUAUGUACUUUUGGCUGUCUGGUCGUAUGCAGUUCUGAUGAUUUAUUUAUUUGAUUGUAAGGUUGAUCUGGUAAGGCCUACUUUAUAGGCUUUAUCUAAUCGAAUAUAAUCUGUGGAUGGUCUACUUAACUUGUUUGCCGGACUUGAAUUGUAAUUAUUUCUCCCAUGCUCUCAUUAAUCUUGGGGAUACAAGCGUUUCUUCAGAAGAGCUUUACUUUAAACAUCAGAUUACCUCAAGGAUGACUGCUUGAAAAUAAAUUGUACUGUUGGAGUUGUAGUUUCAGCAAUAGAUUCUUCACUGCUACACUCAAUUCAGGUGUCAGAGUCGGAUCUAGGAACACAUUUUGGUAUGUUGCUGGAAAAUAUGGAAGGUUCAGAUAUUACAUUUGAUGUGGCUGGAGAAAAAAAUCAUUCUCAUAAGUUGGUAUUAGCUGCUAGAUCCCCUGUUUUUUUAUCUGAAUUUUUUGAUGGGGCGGAUGGAGAAAUGAAAGAGAUAGUUAUCACCACUUUAGAACCUAGGGUUUUUAAGGCCUUGUUUCACUUUAUUUACAGAGACACUCUUUCGGAAGAUGCAGAGAGUGUUGGGUCUAGUUCUGCUUUCGAAUCAUUAGUGUCUGAAACACCAAUAGCUAAAUUGUUAGCAGCAGCUGAUAGGUAUUGUCUGGAGAGAUUGAAAUUAGUGUGCGAGUCCCGUUUCUGCAAGAAUAUAUCUGUAAAUUCUGUUGCCAAAAUUCUAGCCUUGCCCGAUGAAUAUCAUGCUAUGGAACUAAAAUUUGUUUGUCUCAGAUUUGCUGCUGAAAACCUUGCAGUUCAGUUAAACUUCUUCCACUUUAUAUAUUUUCUUUUGACAUGUGUUUACCCUAUGAACUCAUCAAUUAGUGUAUAA